GAAGCUCAAAUGGGAACUCAUUUCAUAAUAAUUACAACUACAACGUGGAUGAGUAGCUGCAGAGAGUUUUUGUGUGUAGUAGUAGUAUUUUUUGUGUUUAGGUAGUUGGGAGGUCUUCAUCUCCUUUUGGCAACAACCACCUCCCACCUAUCUAUCAACUAGUACUAGUACUAGUACUUCUACAGUUCUACUUCCCUCGCAUAAUUUGAAUGCUCUCUUCCUUUUGAAUAUACCAACUCAGUCACACCUCUUCCAAAUAAACACUUUUUUUUUUCCUUUUCUCAAACAACUUACACUUUCUCGCUCUCCCUAAAACAACAAGAAGAAAAAAUGUCUCCAGCAGCAGAAAUACCACUUUCAAUUUAUGAAGAAGAAGAAGAAUUCUCAAAAAGGGUAUGUGUGAUGGAUGCAUCAGGAAGACUAGGUUCAAGCUUGGUUGAAAGUCUACUUCAAAGGAAUUACAUCGUUCAUGCUGCCGUCUCUACCUAUGGUAAUUUGCAGCCAUUAAAAGGACUAGCUAGUUGUCUAAACAAUAAGAAAUUGAAGAUAUUUGAAACGGAUCCUUUUGAUUAUGAAAGUAUUAUCAACGCAUUGAAAGAUUGUUCUGCUUUGUUUUACACUUUUGAAACUCCUCAAGAACAACCCAUCGUCGAUGAGUUUAUGGCUGAAAUUGAGGUUAGAGCAGCUCACAACGUAUUAGAAUCUUGUGCCCAGACAGAUACAAUGGAGAAGGUUAUAUUCACAUCAUCUGUAACAGCAGUUAUUUGGAGAGAAGACCAUAAAUCCACCACGGCCGACGAACUCUCCGAAAGGAAUUGGAGUGAUGUCAAUUUCUGCAAGAAAUUCAAGUUAUGGCAUGGACUAUCAAAGACAUUAGCAGAGAAAACAGCCUGGGCAUUGGCAGUGGACAGAGGAGUAAACAUGGUGAGCAUCAAUGCAGGAUUAUUAGUAGGACCAGAAAUUUCAAUGAAUGCUUCAUAUCUAAAAGGCGCAGCUGAGAUGUACAAAGAUGGUGUAUUAGUAACAGUAGACCUGAAAUUCUUAGUGGAUGCUCAUAUCUGUGUAUUCGAAGAUAUUUCGUCUUACGGACGAUACUUAUGCUUUAAUCACGUGGUUAAUCGACCUGAUGAUGCCGUUGAGUUUGCGAAAAUAUUAACUCCGUUAUCGGGGACAACAACUUUAUCAGCUGCUACAAGCUAUGAAGAUUUGGGGAUCUUUGAGCAAAGAAUUGGUAACAAGAAGUUGAACAAAUUGAUGGUGGAUUACAAGAAUUGAUGAUAUGUGGAUAGAAUAGUACCUCACAGAUUUCAAGUAUACUUUCUUUUGUCUACAAAUAAAACAGAAAAAAAAAGAAGUCAUGAUGCUAACGGGGGUACCAAUUUUGCUUGGGAUGUACCAAUUUCUUACAGAUGGAUGUUUUGUCUGAUAUGAAAUUUUUGUAUACCCCUUGAGCAGUUUGGUACCGUUAUUAGCAGCAUUGCAAAAGUACAUGCCAAUACUGUUUUAAAUUCUUCGAAAAAGGAAAAUGCAAGACAGAAUAGUUAUUAGUUAACAAUAUCCGAUUGUAAUUGUACUCACAAUCGAUGUAAUAUAAAGCCAGAGAUGUAAUUCUUCCCCCAAAGAUAUAAAAUUGAGAAUUUCUA